GGGCGCCGCCCUGCCGGCGCCGUUGGGAUCCCCGCGGAGGCGCGCUCCGGGCACCCCCAUCUGCUCACCGGGCCGACCCCGGGAGGAGCAGGCCGGUUUGGGUCUGAGCCUUGCAGUGGGAGGACGGCUCCUUUGCCCGCCCCCCCGGCCCCGCCGUGGAGAGCCGAGCACACAGUAUAUUUCUUAGUAGCUAUCCAAAAGAAUGGAGAACACGGGGAAAGCAAAUAAAAAGGAUGCAAUAACAGUCACACCAAAAAAUGACAAAAUGUCCACCAGCGAGGCAUUCCUAGACUAUCAACGUGAAAUAAAGGAAAAUACAGUAGACCGACUGCUAUUUCAACUAAAGAAGCUUAGAGACAAGAACCAAAAGAAUCAUGAAAGAAAUGGGCGCUUGAAGGAGGAGCAGCUCUGGCACUUGAGGAACAUCCUGAAGGAGCGGAGCGAGGAGCGAGAGGACAAACUGUCACCUGUAACAAGGGAGGACGUGGAAGAAGCAAUGAAGGAAAAAUGGCAGUUUGAAAGAGACCAAGAAAAAUGCCUGAAAGACAUGCGUGUGCAAAUAAGUAAUGCUGAGAAAAUAUUUCUUGAGAAACUUGGUGAAAAGGAAUAUUGGGAAGAAUAUAAGAAUGUUGGGAGCAAACAACAUGCUCAAACCAUUGUUUCCUUAGAAAAUGACAUCAACACAGUUAAAGAGAAUGCAGAGAAAAUGUCAGAGCAUUAUAAAGUCACUCUGGAAGAUGCUAGAAAGAGAAUAAUCAGAGAAACUUUGUUGCAACUAGAACAAAAGAAGGAGUGGGCUACCCAGAAUGCUGUGAAGUUCAUUGAUAGGGGAAGUUAUCGAGAAAUCUGGGAGAAUGACUGGCUAAAAAGAGAGAUUGCAAUUCACCGGAAGGAAGUUGAAGGACUAGAAAGUACGAUUCAUGAACUGGAAGAAGAAAACUUGCUGCUUAUAGAACAAUUAUACAACUGUAAAAUUGUGGAUCUCAAAAUACCCAGGUCAAAAUCCACGAACAUACCUAGACAAUGUUUUGCCACUGUGGGGAAGAUGGCCGCGCCCGCCACCCCGAGCCGCCCUGCGGCCGCCCAGUGCGUUCUCGCCUUUAACGUCGUGAGCAUCCGUCCUUCAGACACGCACCCGGCGCCCCGAACGAAAGAGCCGUCAAAAUUAGAGACGACAGACUCGAGAUCUUUAGGGGAGCUGGGUAGCAUCAUCUGUAAAGACAGCAGUGACGACGUCCAGCGCCUGAAGACACUCGAGGGGUUCGGGUCCUGGCAAGAGCUCGGGGGCUCUCCUCUGAACUUUUUACUGUACGAGGAUGAGCGGGAUUUCAAGGAUUAUUCAAACCUUGGGCCCCUGGCGGUGAAGCUCAUGAGCGUGCAGGGCAAGCGGAUGCCGAUUCACGCUGAAGAAAAAGAGAUGCCCAUCAACGUGUACGAGGAGAGCAGGAACCCGGAGGCCCACGUCACUUACCAGAUGAUGAAGUCCUUCCGCUGAGGCUGCAGCCACCAUGAGAACACCGUGUUCUCCUCAGCACCCCAGGAACCACACGUCGCACUUGCUCCUUUGACUUACACGUUGGUCCAUUUUCGAGCCUGUUAUUUCAAAAGGUCAAGAUUACAUUCAAAACCCAAAGUCUCUAGUAUUCAGCUUUCCAUUUACUUGUGUGGAUGAGUGACAAAAGAAAAACACACUUUGUCUCUCUGUUUAAGCACCAUUCAGAAGCAAAAGAGCAGGUUCACGGUGGUCUCUGGUUCCUUCCCCACUGAAAAAGUCACCAUUAAUCCAAGAUUCCAGCACGAACACCCCCAGUUGGAGAGGUUUCUAGCCGAAUGCAAGUGGCUCAUGCUUGUAAUCCUAGCUCCUCAAGAGGCUGAGAUU